AGAAGGCAAAGACAAGACAGAAAAAAUAUUGAAGGCACAGUAGAAAAAAAGUAACAACAACGACAACGACGACGACAACAGCAACCACACAAUGAAUUGUUGUGUGUCAUUUUUCUAAAGACGUCCAGAGCAAAAAAAAAAAGAUACGAAAAACAGAAAAAUCAUUGCGAGUGCAAAAAUUUUAUUUCAAAAACAUUAAUUUUUCUCGUUCAUAAUUUGUGGCUGAUAAAUUGAAAAUUGUUUUUUUGUAAUUGAUUGUCAUUACGUGGAUAAAUUUUUCAACAGUAGUUUCAAUAGAAACGCGCAAAAGACAACAAAAACUACAUAUAUACACAAAUUCAAUAUACAAGUAUGCCAUCGCAUGUACUUAAUCAAAUCGGAAAUAAAAUCGGAAGCAAUUUUUGUGGGAAUCGAUUUUUUGAAGCGUUAAAUUCGAAUGAACUUCCUAGCGCUGAACGAAUUUUGAAGAAACACAGAGAAAUAAACAACAUAAAAGAAAAUAACGUAUUUACGCCAAAUUUUGCGCCGUCAUAGAGAUUGAAAUAGAUAAAAAAAAGAAGAAGACACGACCGAGACAGAGAGAAACAACACAGUAGACCGCCAAAAUGAAGAAGCAAUUCCAUAAAAUCAAAAUAGCAGCUGAAAAUUUUUCAAGACAAACGAAAACCGAUAAAAACAGCGAAGAAUUAGUGGCAGCCGAUCGACAUGUGGAAAAAUAUAAAGAGGUUUUGGAGAAAAUUUGCCGAAAAUUUGUUCAAAAUCCAACAAGCAGCAGUACAAAUGCAGCAGAUCAAGAUGCUCGUGACAAGCGAUGUAAAAAAGUACACGAAUACAAAUUGGCACAAUCAAUGGAAGAAUCGUUGAAAGAUUUACCGGACGGUUUACUGCAUGAUGUACUAGAAAAUUGUGCUAAAUUGGAAAAGAAUAUUGCCGUUGAGAUUGUAAACAAUGAAAUUAAUGUGGAGAAUGAUGUUACCAAAAAAUUGGCUAUUAUCUUGGAAAAUCACAUCGGUCGAAUUCAGAAACAAAAACGCAUUGUGACCAAAUUAAUGCAAGACAACGAAUCGGCCAAGCACAAAUGUCAGGCGGCUGUUCGUGUGAACGAUAGCACAUCCAAAAUUAAUCAGCUACGCGAAGAGCAAGAAGAAUGUGAAGCCAAACUGGAAAAGGAACGAGAUAUUUGGGCAGCAGAAAUGUUUGAAUUAAUCGCCGAAGAAGAUGUCAUGGCAAAUCAUGUGAUUAAUUAUAUCAAAUACCAGCAGCUUUACUAUAAAUCAGCGCUUGAAGAAAUCGAAGAUGUUAUGAAUCGUAUUAAUGGUCUCAUCAAGGGAAAUAAUCGUAAAGUGUUUAAAGUUCCACUCGAGGAACAUUUAAAUACCACCGAACGAACAAUAUCUUAUGUGAUUGAAUUGUGUGUUUGUUGUCUGUUGGAAAAGGGGCUAUUUGAGGAGGGAUUACUGCGUGUUGGCUGUGCUGGUUCAAAACUGCGUCGAUUUCGUUCGGCAUUGGAUGCGAAUUUGAUAACAACACCAUAUCCAAACGAAUAUCAAGAUGUUCAUGUGAUUGCAAGUGCAUUAAAAUCAUAUUUACGUGACCUGCCCGAGCCAUUGCUCACAUUCAAUCUAUACGAUCAAUUCAUUGCCGCUUCACAACGUCCAACCGAAGAACAACGUAAAACGGCUAUUCUAAAUGCAUUAAAUAUGUUGCCAAAGCCAAACUAUCAAAACUUGCGAUAUUUAACCAAAUUUUUAGAAUUACUCUCCCAAAAGCAUAAAACAAAUAAGAUGACACCGCAAAACAUAGCGAUUGUAAUGUCACCGAAUUUACUGUGGUCGCCCGAAACUGGUGAUAGUGAUUACGUAUCUAAAGUGAAUAGUACCGCUUCCGUGAAUACGAUCGUCGAGGCGCUAGUUUCAGAUUGGACAUAUUACUUUGGCGAUGAUUUUGCAAUCAGUGAUUUUUACAUAACAAUAAGUCGCGAUGAAUUAUUUCCACACAAUGGUGGUUUUCCAGUUGAUCGUGACUUCAGCACGGAUAAUAUUAUGACAAAAUCAUUAAAUAUUAUGCCGAGCGUGAAUAAUCAGCAAAAUCAUCAAUUAAAUCAAUCGCUUGGCAGUUCAAGUAUCAAUUCAUAUCAAUCGCAUUCCAGAAGCAGCAGUCACGACACUAGUCUGAUAUUAAUUGAUGAAAUGAGCGGCAGUUCGGAUUCGUUAACCAAACGUAGCCAGUCAAAUAGUUCAUUGUCUGAUUCAAGUCCACCGCCACAAGGGAGCCCAAAGUUACCGAUUCGUAGGAAGAAUACGAAGAAAGUUGCUCCAACACCACCCGAUAAUCGUAUACAACGUGCGGCCGAACACUAUUCCAACACGAACAGUGGUUCGCAUCAAUCGUCAUCGGCUGAAACAAUGCACGCAAUGAAAGAACGAUUUUUAAAUUCGUGUCCGCCAACAUCACAAGACGAUACGAAAUUCAGUUCAAAUCGAUUUUUGCGCAACGAAACCAAAGCACAAACAAAUACAUCCACAUUCAAACCACCGUCAACGCCGAUUUCAAUGAAACAAUGUUCGAAUAGUACGGAAAAUCUAUCAGCAACCAAACCAGAUAAACCACCACGGCCAGCAAUGCCAUGCAUUGAUAGUCAAACACUUGUACGAAAUGCAUUCAAAUCGAAAGGCCAAGGCAGCGAAAGGCAUAGUCGACCGAUUGCAUUACCCAGAAAUCUUUUAAAUGUAGCUCGAAGUACCGAAAACCUAUCGUCCAUUUCACCAUCAAAAACAUCGCCCAGCGCCAAUUCAAAUGACUAUAAUGACAUUGUACAAUUGCGUGAUCGAAGCAAUGAAAAUAAUCGUAAUGAUAAGCCAGCAAUCCCAGAAAGACCAACUUCUCUGAUGAAAUCGUCAAAUCUUCGAGCCGCAUUCGAGAAAUUUGAUUCACAUCAAUCGAUUUUACCCGAUAGUCCGGGUGGUAUUAAGAAAACACAAAGUUUUCGCAUGAGUUCGACACCUGUCGGAAAUGCAAUUGGCAGUAUUACCGGUCGCAGUUUGACCACAUUGGAACGGACACAUAUCUAUAGUGUUGAUAAAAAACAAAUUGAAAUCAUUGAUGUUGAUCAACAAAGUAAUGGUAGCCACAGUGAAAGCUCGUCCAACGGAAAGAAUUCGUCGAGCGACAAAGAGAAUGACAAAGAUAAGGACAGCGAUAAUUCAGAUAAAUCAAACGAUUCAAAUGGUGAACUAAAAUCAAAUGAAUCGCUCAACGAUGGAAAUUUAUUAUCAACGUCCACUGGAAACGCAAUGUCAAGCAGCACAACAAAUGACAUUUCCACGGUAACACAAUCACCCCGUUGUUUUGAGCCAAAAGUAAUAAAACGACCUCAAAUUCCAGCACCACCUCCGCCAAUUGAAUCAAAUCAGAGCAACAACGAACCAACGCAAAAUCGCAAAUCAGAUACCACGGCAGCUGAUUUCACUAAAUUAUAAGGCGAAAAAAUUAUUAAGAAAAAUUCUGUGAAAAAAAAACACUGAAAUCGAGUGCAGCUCGCAUUUACAAGAAAUCUAAUUUAAAAACACCAAUCAUUUUAUAGUGAAAUAGCUUUCCAACGUUUGGACACAACUCGAUUGUGACUGAACGAGAAUUAUGCUAAAGAAAAAUUAAAUGCUUUUAGCUUUAAAACAUUUCUUAUACGUAUUUUGUACGCGCUGAACGCAAACAAAUAUCAGAGCAAAUUAUUAUCGUAAAUAUGAAAAUGUAUGAGGCAUGAUAAGUGCAUCUUGUAUUAAUCGCAAAUAGUGUUAAGGAAUUUAUUAUUCACUAAUUGAAUUCAUUUCAUAUCUCUUUUUUUCGUUUUAUCGUUCCUCUUCUCUUUUGGCAUUGAGAAGGCGCAAAAAUUUAUAAUUUCUUUUGGCUUGUAUGUUAUAUACUUUUUUUUUCUUUUAUUAAGAGGUAUUAAUCGAUUCGUGAUAUAUGUACUGUACACACUGUAUUUGAUUUUAUAUUGGAAUAUUAAAUAUUCUUUUUUGUUGAUAAAUGUUAAAAACACAAUUCCAACGACGGAAAGAAAUGUGUCGAUGUUUUACACUCUAUAUUUGAAGUUAUCCACGAUUUAUAUUAUAUACAUGCUUUGUAGCGUAAUUUAAAAUUGAAAAAAAAAAAUUGAAUAGAAAAUAAAAGCGAUUAAACUCUUUUGGUUAUAACAAAAUAUCAAUAUUCAAAAUUGUAAUUAACCAAAAAUAAAUAAAUAAAUUGUUCUUUAGACAAAAAAUUCUAGGCAAAAUUUACGGAUAUGUAAUGGUUUAGUUAAAUUAUCAAUCACUCUAAAAUAUCAAAUCAUAUAAAGAAUUUAUUCUAUCACA